UUAAGGAUAUUUCAAAAACACUCAGUUUCUUCAAAUAUGAGGGCUGGUAUUUGGGUAGAAGUAAUUGAUCGCAUCUUUCUCCUUGUCGCUGGUAUUCCCGGCAAUCUCUGCAUCAUCAUGGUGUACCGGAAGCGCAGGACUGGAGGGAGUACCCGUCUGUACAUAAUCGUCAUGGCGGUCGUAGACUUUGCAAUUUGCUUGUUGAGUCCCGCCAUGAUCUAUCACAAGCUAUCUCAAGGCCGAUAUACCAGUAUUAUCUUCUGCAAGAUUUUUGUCUUCGGUUACAUCUCGUUGUGGAAUCUGUCUCUUCUCAUAAUGGUGGUGAUCGCAAUCGACCGCUACAUCAAGGUUUGCCAUUCCACUAGACCAAAGGCCAAUCGUCGGAGAGCGAAAAUUACCAUUGCUUUCUGCAUCGUGAUUUCUUGUGCCUCAAACAUUUCUUUUCUCUUUUUUCUUUCUUUACAACGACUGGCCACCGGUGAGGUGAUUUGUUCGCAGAACUCCAAUGGUCAGUUUCAAGGAAUUAUCACAGGUGUAAUGUAUUUAAUGUCAUUCGUUACUGCGUUCGUGACAUAUGGGAUGAUCUACAGAAGCGUGAAGAUUCACACGAGGGUUCAGGCCAACCUGUUUGCUUCUCGCAGACCUGAUCCGGUGUGUCCUAUGGUGUUAGCCCGUGCGUCUCAUGUGGCUCCAUCUGCUAAUGACAUGACUGAGGCCAACACCAACCUUAGAACAUCUAGGUACGGAGCUUCAACAGCAGUACCAUCUGUAUCCGGGUGUGUACAUUUAGCUAAUCGUCAACGUGCAUUAGUCCAAGGACCAAUUAUAGGCCCAGCGGUGGCUGUACACAGACUAGCAUGGUUGGACAACACUACCAGUAAUGUGCCAAACAACAGCGCCCUCUUGCCCACUUCUCACUUGUCCAAUGCUGGUAUGGUGGAUGAACCAGUGGCAUCUGGCAUUGUUUCAUACAAGAAAACGCCACUCGAUAAGACGACAAAGAUGAUGUUAGCAGUGACAGUUAUUUACUUUCUCACUUGGCUCCCAGAGGCUCUGGCAAGUAUGUUUCUUCGGGAAGUGAUAUCGAGCGCAAUGGAUAAACACAUUGUUGCGGAUAUAGUCCUUUCUUUUCUUCGGGACUUGUUGUCCAUUAACCACGUCAUCAACCCAGUUGUCUAUGGUCUCUUAAACAAAAGAUUUCGACAGGACCUUUUUAAACUCUUCAAAUUUUAAUCUAAUAUGGAAGUAUCUUGGUCUAGUGGACAAGUCAUCGGACUAUGAAACACGUCGUAUGUGGUUCAAAUCCCUGUCAUGACACUGAGGUCCUUUGGCAACACAGUAAUCUGCAUUUGCCACUCUCAAUCCAGGUGGAGAAAGUGGGUUCUCAGUAGGCAUUUGUUUCUAUAAAUGCUAGAGCGCCAUAAUGGCAGCCAUAUUAAAACAGUGGAACGUCAGACAUAAGCGCUAUACAAGAACCCACUAGUAUUGUUAUUAUCAUUAUUAUUAUCAUCAUCAUUAUCAUCUUCAUUAUUUUUUCUUCAUUUUCUGGAUGAGACAUAUUAUAGAGACAUGAGACAUGUAUAUAUUUAUUUGUUUCAAUAUAUGUAAGCACCAACGGACAUGCAGAGUUGAUCAUCAACCUGAAAAAAGUACGAUUACUUUUUUCUUCUUGUUAUUUCUUUCUUUCAUUUACGUGUCCAUUUAGGGGAAUCUGGCACUCUAAUGCAAUAUAGUAGAAAAUAUUGGUUAAAUCAGUAUUCCUAUUAUUUCUAUCCGGUUGUGGUGUUUGAGAUUAGUUCAAUUUUUAAAUCUUAUAAUGUUUUUUAAUCGUGUAGUGUUAUCUUCUUUAAUUCUGUUUCAUGCUUCUGUGUGGGCGUUAACAUGCUACUGUGUUAUUUAUCAAUUUUCAGUGACUUAUUUCGUACAUUUUUUCAUGGGUAGAAGGGUAUGCUUGUGCAUAACCUUUUCGACUAAUUUUGCUUCAUAUUACCUUUGCUGAACGUACCUUGAACACAACUUAGUAUUAUCUUUUCAUCACUGACUUAUAUAGAAAUCAUUUAGUGUGAGUACGCGCGUGUGUGUGUUGAUAUGGGUGUGUGUUCCUAAUUUCACCCCCAAUGCACUUAUAUGUUUCAAUGAAUAAAGAAUAACAAUCAACUAUGUAAUCAUUUCAUGGUUUCAUUAUCAUUAUCAAAUAUUGGCGUCACUGUGUCUGAGAGGGGGUUUCUAUCUCUCCUUCAAGUAUAGCUGUUUGGGAUAUGCAGGUACAUGUAGACCACUAUACCGGGGUUCCCCCGACACUUAUACGAACAGUGGAGUGGGUUCUUGACAUGUAAAGGUAGUGACUCUCCUCUACACGGGUCCUACAUUUAAAUUCCUAUCCGAGGGACUAGGUGUGUUCCACUGUAACCUAGUCUGCUUCUAUGAAACAGGAAAGGGGCAUAUUAACACACAACGCAGGCUUCAGACAUCCGCCUGGGUUGGAUUCGAACCCACGAUCAUUGGUUCGACAGGCACGCUUUUACCGACUCAUCUACCUUGCCUCCUUAUAAAUCAUGCGUCUUUCUUUACAUCAGAUUCUCUUAU